AUGUAUCCGCCACGGUUAAUACGGCCACUACGGCCCUUAUUGCAGGGGCGACUGCCCUUCGCCCUGCGUCGACCGGUACAAGUCGGCAUCCCGCGUGCCUCGACACAGCUCCGCACAAAUUCUACGAAAGCUCCAGAGCCACCAGCGACAACGACGAGCAAGACGCCCUCACCUACCACCCCCGCUGCCGCCGCCGCCCCGACGACACCUGCUGCUGCCACUCCUGCCCCCGAGACCCCUGCUGUGAAGACUGCGCCAGAACCGACGGUUGUUGCGCCGGCGGAUAUUCCUGUUACAAAGACUGUUGAGGUUCCUCCUGUUGCUGAGGCCCCUGCUGCUGAGGUUGAAGCUGCUGCUGCUGUUGUACCAGAAACUCCGGUUGUUGCCCCGGCUGAUGUGCCUGUGGCGAAGGAUGCCGAGACGGAGGUGCCAGUGGAGGAGGUGAAGGAGGUUGCUGUGCCCAAGGUUGAGGAGGUUCCUGUUGCGAAGGAGGAGGCGCGGAAGGUUGAGGUCAAGGAGACGGCUGCUCCUAAGGCCGAGGAGGUUGUUGCGCCUGUGGCUGAGGAGACCAAGGCUGCUGAGAUUGAGACACCUGUUGUCGCUAAGGAGGAAGCGCCGGUUGCUGCUGCUGAGCCCCAGGUUGUGGAGACUCAGGCUGAGCCAGAGGCCGAAGCUGCUGCUGCUGCGCGGAAGGCUGAGGCUGUUUCUGAGGUCAAGGAGGAGACUCCGGUUGCUGCGAAGCAGGAGGCCCCAGUAGCUGCUAAGGAACAAGUUCCACCUGCCGUCAAGGAGGAGGUUCCCAUCGUGGAAGAGGCUUUGGCUGCCGUUAAGGAAGAGGCUCCCGUUGUUGCCAAGGAGGAGGUGCUAGUCGCGGAGGAGGUCGAUCCAGUUGCUUUUGUCACUGAGAAGCUUGCCGCCGCUGAGGCUGCCGCUGCUAAGGUUGCCGCUGUUAAGGCUGCCGCGGCUAAGGCUGCUGUUGCUGCUCCUGAGCCUGUUGCUACACCAGCACCCAAGGCCCCUGUUGCCGCUGAGCCAGUUGCUAUCCCUGAGCCUGCUGCUGCCCCAGUGGCCGAGGCUCCUGCUACCCCCGCGGCUGGCGAGUCUGCUGUCGCCGCCACCCCCGCGGCUGAGACUCCCGCUCCGGUUGCCCCUGAGGCCAAGGCGGUUGCUUCCACGAGCACCAAGCCCAAGAAGGCCAAGAAGCCCGCCGCCCCCAAGCCUUCCUCUCUCUACGUCCGUGACGACAAACCCAUCGGUACCACCGAGCUCUCCCGCAUGCCCCGCGCCCUUGAGGCCCUCUACCUCGAGCCUCUCCGCCACGAGGCCGAGUGGGGCGUCCCCACAUGCGACCUCCAGCUCCGGUCGUACUCCCUCCGCAACCUCGAGUUCUUUUGUGACUUUGCCCUCCGUGCGGCGUACUACAUUGGCCUGCCUGCCUUUGGCCCCGUGCCACUUCCCAGGAUCACCGAGAGGUGGACCGUCCCCAAGUCUACUUUCGUGCACAAAAAGUCGCAGGAAAACUUUGAGAGAAUCACCCUAAGGAGGUUGAUCCAGAUCAAGGAUGGGCACCCGGAGACGGUGCAAUACUGGUUGGCGUUUUUGCAGAAGUAUGCGUAUUAUGGGAUUGGUAUGAAGGCGAAUGUGUGGGAGUUUAGCAGAUUGGAUGUGGCUCAGGAGAUGGACGAUGGUCUCCCGAAGACAAAGAAACUGCUCGAGAGCAAGUGGAAGCAUAUGGGUGCUCACGACAAGAUGCCCUUUAUGGAGGAUUUGGAGGAGUACCUUGCGAACGAGAGGAGAAAGAUUCCCGGUGGGAGGUAG